GUCGGUGUUCCCGCCGUCAGCACGAGAGGAUCCAGGUGGUGGAAGCGACAGGUAUUGUGAGAAGUUCAUGGUGAACGACGGUCGACGAUGUAUAACAGCGUGUGGCCCUCCUCUUCAAGGGUGUAGGCACGUCGUGCAAAACGGAAACAAGUCUUACGUAGAGAGUCGCAGCGGGUAUUGGGGGUCCCGUUGCAUGUCACACGCCCUUUGCCGUACCCCGGUGCCAAUCGUUUCUUGCUUGGGUGCUGGCUGUUGGUCCCUUGGAACCACGGUGCUGCCGAGCAUAUCGCACAUCACGACGCUCAAGGGACUGGACUCCGAGAACGAUGAAUCCGUGUUCGCGAAGAACGACAUGCCGGUGCCGAGCUCCAGUGAGUUGGAUCCAUGAUACAACAGGUCGUCACGGGGAUGUACCUCAAGAUCUCUCUGUCUGACUCCCUCAGCCUGUACGUCGCAAGGUUCCCGACCUGGUUCUUCUUCGCCAAGGCCCCCGGCAAGCGCCUCAUCGCAGCCUUCGUGUUUGCCAUGGGGCUGAGCACCAUCCUUGCGGUCACGUGGCCGCUGGGUGACGGGGCCAGCACGAUCGACGCCCGGAUGGCGGCGGUGGUGUGGGUGUACUGCCUGGUUUGGUUCCUGGUUCAAGAUGCGGCUAAGGUCGCCAUCAUCCGGCUGAUGGAAAGGAGCAACCAGUUCGACAUGGGCCACACUACCAGCCACAAGCGCGUCUGUGAGUGUACAUUACCAUACGCUAGCCGUAAGCUGUUCGGAAUCCCUACUUCUAACAUUGUCUCAUUCGAAGCCUUUGUCCGAAUGCGUCAUGAUCCCCCGACAGGGUGA